AUGGAGAUUAUGUUCUCCAAACCCUUUCAGGGGCAUAAUCACUGUUACUCUUGGAAGAUUGACCUGAUAGGAGUGCUCAAGUUCGUUAAUGUCGUGAGAAAGGAAAGAAAAACAAUUGCUAUUCUUCAUACAACACUUCAUUUGUUCGAUCUCUCUGUUCCUGUGAGGGGUAAAAAAGCUGUAAAUUUCUCGUUGAUACCAGACGGUGAAAGUGUUUCCUAG